GAUAGCGCGUAGCGUUGUUGUUUUGUGCAAAAGGCGCAACUUUUAAGUUAACUUAAUUGUUUAAAAACUCGAAUAAAAUGCUCUAGCUAAGCGAUUAUUAAAAUAAAAAUCUAAGAUAAUGGCAACGGCAAUCGGAAGCAACAACAGCGACAUUGUUUUGCUCACCGAUGUGGUGCGCGAUCAAUAUGUGCGAUAUCUGGAGCGUCAGUUGGAAGAGAAUGUGUGUGUGUGGUCCUCCGCCUCCAGGAAUCAUCACAAGCCCUCUGCUUGGUCGUGCAUCGAGCACAGCUUAAAGACAUUGGAAACUCGCGCCAUUAAAGCCUGUCAAGCAGCCCAACUCUAUCAACGCGCCAUGGUCAAGAUGAUAGCCGCUGUGCGGCGCAAUACACAGGAAUGUCGCUUGGCGGAUGCGCUCUUCGAACACAUGCAACGACAACAAAUCGAGCAAGACAACGACAAAGACGAUGUGGAAGAUGUGGCAAUGAAGAGUCGUCAACAGUUUGUGGACAAAUCAACGCAGACAGCUGCAUUAAUCGAGGGCAUGCCAAAUGGCGAAGGCAAGCACAAUGAAGAUGACAAUUAUACAAGCUACACGCUGUGCCAAAAAAUCGAUUUGUUUCAGAGUCGACUUGCCGAGCACGAAACAAAUCAACAGCAGCAGCAAUCAGCGUUGCAAGUCAAUGGACAGCAACCGAUGGCAUCGCCAGCGUCCAGCAUUGAGGAUACAGUUUCUCAGGAGCUAGCCAAACUCUUUGAUGACGAACCAACGGAUUUGAAUGCUUUGUUUGGCAUUGAAAUAGAAGCGAAUAUAGAUGAACUCAAGGAGUUCAAGGAGACGGCAAUACCACAACAGAAGCCAACGACAUCGCCGGAUUAUACCGUGCCAAUGCCAGCACACAGCAAUAACCAGCAAGUGGACUUGCGGCACAGUCGCUGGCCAUGUGAAUUGUAUGCACAACGACGUCGCCUCAAUGCGUGCUUGGUGCGACUGUUGGACGCGGAUUGGCGCUGCGAGGAUGCGUUGCGCUACAAGUUUCAUAUGUUGUUUGGCGAGGAUAGCGAUGAUGAGUUUGCCACCGAGAUAUCUAGUCCAAGCAUUGAUCUGGUCGAUGAAGUGCUGCUGGCCAGCUGCAUAUUGCGAAUACGCCCAUGGAUCGUGCAACAUUUGAUGCGUCCACUGCAAGAGGGUCUAAUAGCCAAUAGAUUUCUGUUCAAGAAGUUGGCCAAAAUGCUGGCCAAUAAUAUUGUCCUGAUCAAUCCUUAUAGCAGUGAGCGUCAAGUGAAACAGGCUGUUGAACAAUUGUUUUGCAUUCAGCCCAGAGGAGUUCAAUGCGAGCUGGACUUGGAGUUAUUGCCAUCAGUGUUCGUGGAACGAUUCGAGAGUUGAAAAGCACAUAAAACUUUUGCAGAUUAUUUUUACCCCCUACAAAAUAUACAAUUAUCUUGUGUACCUUAUUGAAAAGUAUUGAAAUGAAUGAUGAUGAAAAAGCAAUACACUAUUUAAGUAUAUCAAAGAAUCGACCAACGAUUCAAAGAUUAUGAUCUCUUAAGAGUUGGUCUCACAGUAAGUAGAAUUAAAAUAUAUAUAGUUUAAUAAUUCAUGCCGAUCUGUAUGCGUAUGUGCGGACAGAAAUAAAUUAAUUGGAUUUGAAUUGCUUGAGCUACAUCAAUUGAACACUAGCGAUUAUUUAUCAUUUUUUGUUUGUUUAAAUUAUAAUUAAUUCAAUGAUUACAAUAAAUUUUGCUUUCUGCACAUUUCUCUGUUCAUGUUUUUUUUGUUUUGUUUUUUAUAAUUAUAUAAAUUUUAAUAUAUUUAAUAAACGAUACAUAUAAUAUAGUUUUUGACGAAAUUGCGGCUGCUGCUGCUGCUGCGAUUGGCGGCUGCUGCUACUUUUGUUGAUGUUGUGGUUCUUGUUACUCUUACGGCUGUGUUGUUGUUGGUUGUUGUUGUUGUUGAUGCUGCUAUUCUGACAUUGGUGGAUAAUAUGAUAUUGUAGUUGUUGUUGUUGUCGUGGUUGGUGUUGUGUUCCUUUUGCUGUUGUUGAUGGCGUUCGACACAUUUCUGCCUCUCU